UGGUUCGUCCUUUAUCCAAAGGACAACUGGAAAAAAAGUGCAAUCUCUCGUGAAUUCAUUGUUAUUAGUUUUUAAGUAAAUAAUUAAUUAUUGUUAUUUUUUCUAUAUAGAGUCCGUUGUCCCCGGUGGUCGAAAUAGCUUUAAAUAAUGGUUUUAACGAAUUCCCGUUCGGAUAACUGAAAGAAGAACGGCACUAAUAAUUGAAGAUGGGACACUCGGAUCGUUGGCUGUCGGCCCAGUACAAUUUGGAUAUCAUGCGCAUCCUCGUAUAAUUCUUUCCAAGGGGUGUAUGGAUAUUUUAUAAUGUCGGUCAAAAUGGCAACAAGUCGUAGUCAGACUAGCGGGGUGAAACAAACCGAGCUAGACCAGAUCUGGGAUGAUCUACGACAAGGGAUAGAACAGGUGUAUAAUAGGGAGUUCAUGUCCAAACCGAGAUAUAUGGAACUUUAUACACACGUAUAUAAUUAUUGUACAAGUGUACAUCAACAAGUGAGCAGGUCUUCUUCUUCUAAAGGAAAGAAAAACCAAGUGUCUGGUGGAGCACAAUUGGUUGGAUUAGAGUUGUAUAAAUGCCUUCGGGAUUUUUUAAGGAAUUAUUUAGUAACUUUACUAAGGGAUGGUUUGCAUCUAAUGGAUGAAGAUGUGCUUCAGUUUUAUACAAGACAAUGGGAACAGUAUCAGUUUAGUUCAAAAGUUCUGAAUGGAGUUUGCUCUUAUUUAAAUAGGCAUUGGGUGAGAAGAGAGUGUGAAGAAGGUAGAAAAGGAAUUUACGAAAUUUAUCAGUUAGCUUUAGUGACUUGGAGGGAUAAUUUCUUUAAAUUACUCAAUCGACAGGUUACUAAUGCUGUUCUGAAACUAAUUGAAAGGGAAAGAAAUGGAGAAACAAUAAACACAAGGCUUGUGAGUGGUGUAAUUAAUUGUUAUGUUGAAUUAGGCCUAAAUGAGGAAGAUCCUUCGGCAAAAGGACCAAACCUUAGUGUCUACAAAGAAUCAUUUGAAAAUGUAUUUUUAGAAGACACAGAGCGAUUUUAUGCUAAAGAAAGUACUGAAUUCCUCUGUCAAAAUCCUGUGACAGAGUAUAUGAAAAAGGCUGAAUUAAGAUUGGCAGAAGAGCAGAAACGUGUUCAAGUGUAUUUGCACGAGACGACAUCAGAUCGUUUGGCGAAAACGUGCGAGAGGGUGAUAAUCGAAAAGCAAAUGGAGGUGCUCCAUGCAGAAUUCCAACAUCUUCUCGAUGCCGAUAAAAACGAGGAUUUAGGCAGGAUGUAUCAACUUGUUGCGAGGAUACCGGACGCACUUGGAGAGUUACGGUCUUUACUUGAAGCUCACAUAGCCAAUCAAGGCCUAGAUGCCAUCGAGAAGAGUUUAGACACGGCUUCUAGUGAUCCUAAGACUUACGUUUCUACGAUUCUCGGAGUACACAAGAAAUACAACGCUCUUGUAAUAACUGCAUUCAAUAACGAUACUGGCUUUGUGGCUGCAUUGGACAAAGCCUGUGGUAAAUUCAUUAAUAAUAACGCUGUAACCCGGAUGGCAGGAUCUAGUUCUAAGAGCCCUGAACUGCUAGCUAAGUUCUGUGAUAUACUGCUCAAAAAGUCGUCAAAGAAUCCUGAAGAAGCGGAACUCGAGGAUACCCUUAAUCAAGUUAUGGUGGUUUUUAAAUAUAUCGAAGAUAAAGAUGUUUUCCAAAAGUUUUAUUCAAAAAUGUUGGCAAAACGAUUAGUCCAACAUAUGUCUGCCAGUGAUGAUGCAGAAGCUAGCAUGAUAAGUAAAUUAAAACAAGCAUGUGGCUUUGAGUAUACUAGCAAACUUCAGAGAAUGUUUCAGGACAUUGGAGUGUCAAAAGAUCUGAACGAACACUUUAGAGCUCAUCUUUUAAAUUUAAAUGAGCAGCCUGAUAUAGAUUUUAGUAUUCAAGUGCUUUCCUCUGGCUCUUGGCCUUUUCAGUUAAGCCAUAACUUUUCUUUACCCACAGAAUUGGAAAGGAGUGUUUCCAGGUUUACGACUUUCUACAGUAGCCAGCAUUCAGGGAGAAAACUUAACUGGCUUUAUAAUAUGUCGAAAGGUGAAUUAAUAACAAAUUGUUUUAAAAACAGAUAUACAUUGCAAGCUUCCACACUUCAAAUGGCCGUAUUGCUUCAGUACAACACAUCUGAUUCAUGGACAGUGGCUCAGUUGUCAGAAAGCACUCAGAUCAAGACUGAUUUUCUUCACCAAGUCUUACAGAUUCUGUUAAAAGCAAAAUUGUUACAUACUGAUGAAGAGGAAGAUGCCGAAUUGCAACCUGGUUCCGUCCUGUCAUUGUAUACUGGAUAUAAGAACAAAAAACUAAGGGUAAAUAUAAACAUGCCAAUGAAGGCAGAAUUGAAAUUGGAGCAGGAGACAACUCACAAGCAUAUAGAGGAAGAUAGGAAACUACUGAUUCAGGCGGCAAUCGUAAGGAUAAUGAAAAUGCGAAAACAGCUGAAGCACCAACAGUUAGUGGCGGAAGUUUUAAAUCAAUUAUCAACUAGGUUCAAGCCGAGAGUCCACAUUAUAAAGAAAUGCAUCGAUAUACUUAUAGAAAAAGAAUACUUAGAAAGAACGGAGGGUCAGAAAGACACAUACAGUUACUUGGCGUGAUCCAUGCAUGUAUCAACCAUGACUAAAACCCCUCAUGAUUUUUGUACAAAGUUCACUUUUUUUUCCAUUACCAUCAAAGUAUGUUUACAUCAUUAAGCCUUCUGUUUUGUUAAAAUAUUUUAUUGUGUUGAAAUACCUAUUAUUUUGUUAACAAAAAUAUUGUUUUUAUUUUUACAUUAACUUAUAUAACAAAUAAUGAUGUAAAAGAAACUACUUGGACUAAACUAAAAGUUAUGCUUUUACUAAAAGUAAAACAAAUUUAAAAAAAGUAACAAACAACAAUAAAUUUCUUUUUUAAAUGAAUUGUGGUAAUUAAAGUUUUUUCCUUUUUUUCUUCUUGUUUUCUCUUGUCUGUUCUCUUUACAUUCGACACGCAAUAAAUGGUGAAGGGGAUUGAUUUUAUGUAGUUACAUAUUUUUUAUAAUUAUUUUUAAAAGUUGUGUAGCCAGGUGAAUUAAAUUUACUGAAAUAAGAAAAUAUUGUCUUUGUACCUAAUGCGGCAAUUAAAAGUUGAAAAGCUAAACUUUGUUUUAUAAUAACAAAGUUAAAAUAGUAGAAACAAUAUUUGUCACAAACGAUUUGUUUUACUUUUUUAUAUAUAUUUUUUUUCCAUUUUUGACAAAACAGGGCGGCCUAAAUUAUGUAAACAUGUAGUACUUCUUUUAAAAAUAAAAGAAUACAACCUAUUGUAAACAUCUUUUAUGAUUUGAAAUGAAAAAAAAAAAUUACAUGUGAAUUAUGGGAUUAAAUGAACUAUGAAUGGUUUCUUUAGGCGCAGGUUAAAAGAUGCAUUAAACGACGAUAAAGUAGCUCUCACCUUAACAUUUAACACACGUUGCAAAUAAACAUUUAAAAAAAAAAACAAUAAAUAGGGUGAAAAGUUCAGACGAAUUGGGGCAUUUAAAAUUGUAAAUUUUACGUUUUAAUUUAAACAUUU